AUGGCUUCAUUGGACCCACAACAGGAUGCUCAGCUAUACAUAUCUACAGUGAAACUGUUUGUAUCUUCCACUGGAACCCAAUUGGCUGAUCAAAUAAAGCUAGUCAAAGUAGCAACUUCCAAUAGCAAGCCAUACUACAAUACAGCACACAAUCUUUUGAAUGUGUUGCUAGUAAAUACAUAUCCCGGGACUGUUCCUUAUUCAUCCAUAUACAACAUUGCAGAGAAGAUAUUGGAUGAGCCUGAAGCUGCUGACGAUGUGUUUGUGGAGGGUACCUUGGAUAUACCGAAUGAAACAUCCCUUAUAGCUACAGCAAAUGAUUUACUACAUGAUAUCAAUUCAACAGCUCAGUUUCUAAAAUUUAGCCACACCAGCUCUUUAUCGAAAACUGAAAACUUGCUUCGCUUUUUACAAGCAAAGACUUUACAUCUAAGUCAGUUCCACCAAUCGGUUGAGGAAAUAGAUAGUCUUUUUGAAAAUGUCCAUUUUGAUGAGUUUCGUCAAUGGUACAAGGGAGUGCUAAGACCCUACAGCUACUAUUGGAUCCACUAUGGAAUGGUUUAUCAAUCCAAUUAUUCAUCACUUCGAGAAUACCUUUUAGCAAGAGAUUUGAAAACCAAGUUUGAUAUUUUUAUUGCUCCACUUAGCUCCAAUGAAAUAAGAGGUAUUGAAUCUUGGAUCAAGUCGACAAUAUUACCACUCUUGGAUUACCAUGGUUACAAUUUAGCCAUUUUGCUGAAUUGGAUGUUUCAUGAAAAUCACAAGGGUACAGUUUUUAGAAAGUAUGAACUUUGGCAUGGGGCUAUAAAAUUGAUAGCUGAUAAGGUGGAUGCUUCCAAGUUGGAUGAUAUUACCAAAGAGUACCUUGCAUCGUGCUACUAUUACGCACUCAAUGAUGAGUCGUCAACUGUUUCCUCCAUCGAGUUGACGAAAAUCUAUGACAUAAUUAUUGAAACGUUGUCGUAUUUCCCAAAACAAGAUUCCCCACCACCACCACCACCAACGCUUCACCUCGAUGAGCUCCCCCAUUUUGAAAGCUUUGACACGUUUCUACAGGAUAUCAAUCCCCUCUCGCCAUUGUUUGACCCAAAUCAAACACAGUUUUUGAUACAAGCAUUGAAAAUAUGCCAGAGAUUGUAUCCUUUAAACAAACUUACUUUAAAAAAGUACCUUGAGUACAAGCUCAAGAUUGGUACAGUAGACUUACAAAAGGAGGUUGCAAUCAUCACAUCUAACAUAUCUAGUUCGAAUUGGGAGCAAUUGAUUCAACUAGUGCGUGCGUUCGAGGAUGAGUUUAUAACCUCAGAUCAGAAAUCAGCGAUUGAUUCAGUCCUUUUGGAAAGAUUAUUGGCGACAAAUUUGUAUCAAGUUGUUGACGCUCUUUAUGAUGAUGGAUACUUUCAACUAACAAAUCAAGACAUUUACGAUUUGGUUGUGGAGACAUUGUGGGAGAGAUUAAAUCAAGCGACAAAUUUUAAUGAAAACAUUGGAUCGUUACAUCAUGCUAAACAAGUUUUCCAGUUUCUUGAAAGAUUGUCACGUUCUGAUGGAUUGAAUGAAAGAAGUCACAAGGAUAUUGUCCGUUACAAGCAUCUAUUUCGAGCUAUGCUUUUGAUCAAAAACUUUAAAUUGGUUUACGAUAGAAAAACCCCCUUCACUCCAAAGGAUUUACUACAAUUUUCAGCCGAUGAUAAUCAAGGAUAUGAGCAAAAAUGUAUUCAGUUGGCAAUGAUGAUUCUCGAACAUAACCCCAAGUCAUACCUUGCAUUUGAAAAAUUGUUUCGUAUUCUCAACGACUUGAUGUUAUAUUUUGAUGAAGAUGGUGAGCUGGAACAAUCGGACACUAAUGGAUGUUUCGAUAGAUUGAAGAGCGCAUGUAUUGAGAGUGCUCUCAUCGACAACAAUUUCUCAUAUGCAUACAAACAAAGUAUGGAAUUGAUUGAUCAUUUCGCCAAGUCUUCUAGUAUUGAUGGUUUUUGGCUCACUUUUUACCAAGUAGGGAAAUAUGUCUCACCAAAUUGGAUAGAUGAGGAUUCUGAAUCUAAUCGCUUAGAAAUAAUGAUCAAACAAAGGGAACUAUUGUCACAGACUUUGCAAAAGAUAGACUGUGAUGGGCAUGUGAAGGUGAUUUUGGACCAGUGGAAUAGACUUAAUGAGAAGAUUGAGCAUGACUAUCAAAGUAUUGAUCAACUUAAAUUUGCAGGUUUUGAAACCAAGAGUGAUGCAAAAGGACCCGAACUUAGUCAAGUUGAAUUAAAUAUGGCUAGACUUCCGGACAAGGCUGGUGAAAAAAUUUCCAACUUGUUUGUUUCGGGAUUAGGUUGGGCAAUAGGUGCAAAUAAGUAA